AUUUCUCCUUCCCCGACCCCGACACAGCUUAUGCUUACUUAUUCUCCACCAUCUCCGCAGGAAUCUCCCCUUUUUGCACGAAACCACCUGCGAGUUUCCCAUUUCGCAAAGAGGCCCCUGAAAGGAUUCGAAAAACUUUGCGUUUAGGUCCUUCUUCUUCUUCUUCUUCUUCUUCUCCUUCUUCCUGAGAGGGGGUCGGGACCAUGGCGGGUUCGGAGCUCAUCUACCGCGGUCACGAGGCGGCGCCGGCGGAGACGACGGGGUACUCGCCGAAGCCCUCGAAGCGGCUCCCAUGGCUCUCGCGCUCGGCGCGGUACCUCCUCGGCGAGCACCGCCUCCUCUUCGCCCUCGUCGGCAUGGCCCUCGCCUCCGCCCUCUUCCUCCUCGCCCCGCCGCCGCGCCCCGCCGGAUCCGGCGCGGCCGCCGAGGCGGCNCGCUUCGGCGUCGUCGCGAUCGUCGUCUCCGGCGGCGGCGCGCUGGUGUCGCCGCACCGAUCGGGGAUGGGGGGCGCGGGGGCGGUGGUGAUGAGGCCGGGGUCGGUGGGGGGGAAGGUGCCGCUAGGGUUGCGGAGGAAGGGGCUGAGGAUCGUGGUGACGGGGGGCGCGGGGUUCGUGGGGAGCCACCUCGUGGACCGGCUCAUGGAGCGGGGGGACAGCGUGAUCGUCGUCGACAACUUCUUCACGGGGCGGAAGGAGAACGUGGUGCACCACUUCGGAAACCCUAAUUUCGAGCUCAUCCGCCACGACGUCGUCGAGCCGAUCCUUCUAGAAGUCGACCAGAUCUACCACCUCGCCUGCCCCGCCUCCCCCGUCCACUACAAGUUCAAUCCCGUUAAGACCAUCAAGACCAAUGUGGUGGGCACUCUCAACAUGCUGGGAUUGGCUAAAAGGGUGGGCGCACGGUUCCUCCUUACGAGCACAAGUGAGGUCUAUGGUGAUCCCCUCCAACAUCCCCAGGUUGAGACCUACUGGGGAAAUGUUAAUCCCAUUGGUGUGCGGAGCUGCUACGACGAGGGCAAGCGCACGGCGGAGACGCUGACCAUGGACUACCACCGCGGCGCAAACCUCGAGGUCCGGAUCGCGCGGAUCUUCAACACCUACGGCCCGCGCAUGUGCAUCGACGACGGCCGCGUCGUCAGCAACUUUGUCGCCCAGGCACUAAGAAAGGAGCCUUUGACGGUUUAUGGUGACGGGAAGCAAACGAGGAGCUUCCAAUACGUUUCCGACCUGGUUGAAGGGCUGAUGCGGUUGAUGGAAGGCGAGCACGUCGGCCCGUUCAACCUGGGCAACCCGGGCGAGUUCACGAUGCUGGAGCUCGCCAAAGUGGUGCAGGACACGAUCGACCCGAACGCCCGUAUCGAGUUCCGGGCCAACACGGAGGACGACCCGCACAAGCGCAAGCCCGACAUCACCCGCGCCAAGGAGCUGCUGGGCUGGGAGCCCAAGAUCUCGCUCCGCCAGGGCCUCCCCCUCAUGGUCUCCGACUUCCGCAAGCGCGUCUUCGGCGACCACACCGACGCCGCCACCACCGCCUCCGCCAGCGGCGGCGCAGGCUCUUCUUAAUCUCUAACAAAUCAAAACCAUGCAUUUUUUUUUUCGACAUACGAAGGAUCGAGAAGCAAAUCAAGAAGAGAGAGGGCACAAUUUGGGUUCCUUGUAUGGACCAGUUGAUUCAGUUUUAUGUUAGGAACUACUUUAGCUGCUACUGCUACUGCAAAUUGAAGAGUUAGAUGCCAAACAUAGCAGUAGUUUUAGCUAGUCCUAUUUUAUUACCUUUUUUUUCUUUUAGCAAUUUUUUUUCCCCCUUUCCCUUUUUGGAUUAUUAAAAUUGGUGUUCUUUGCUUUGUUCUAUCUGCUAUGGAUGUUAUAUUCUUUGUAACAGAGUCUGAUACUGUUUAUUUUGUUCAUUCAA